AUGGCUCACAUGAAUAUCUUGUUGUUGGUGAUAUCUUCUCUUCUUUUGGGAUCCACAAAUGCUCAUGAUUUUAUUAAAUAUGGAUACAAUGGAGGAAAUGGAGCAGAUAAAUGGGGAAGCUUGAGCUCAGAUUUCAGCUUGUGCUCUCAAGGAAAACAACAAUCUCCAAUCAACAUUAACAAAAACACCACCAACUACGACCUUAAUUUGAAACAAGCCCCCAGGAAUUAUGUCCUCACAAAGGCCACCCUCAUCAACAAUGGCAUCAACAUUAUGCUCAAAUACGAUCAAGGAGCUGGGAACUUAACUUUGGAUGGGAAGAGCUACGCCAUGACACAAAUGAUCUGGCAUUCACCAGCCGAACACACUAUCGAUGGACAAAGUUUUCCUGUCGAGCUCCAGUUGAUCCACCAGAGCAGCGACAACCAUAUCGCCGUCGUCGCGAUCUUGUAUCAAUACGGCAGCCCUGACGCUUUCCUCCUUCAGAUACAAGACGAGCUGGAGCAAUUGGCACGGGACAAGUGCACGGACGACCAAGAGGCCAGGGUUGCGGUCGGGGUCGUCCAAACCAGAGCGCUGGAGCGCCGCUCGCGCAAGUUCUUCCGGUAUGUUGGCUCCCUCACCGCCCCUCCCUGCACUGAGGAUGUCACAUGGAUCAUCCUCGGCAAGGUGAGGGAGAUGACCAAGGAGCAAGCGGCUUCCCUCAAGGCGCCUCUGAGCGCGGACUACCAGAGCAACGCGAGGCCCAUCCAGCUGAUCAACGGCCGCACCGUCCAGCUCUACGACGAACUGCACAACGUCAAGAAAGCACCUUCGAGCAAGUCCGACUGAUGCUGCGGUCAUCGUCGAUUGAUGCACAGCAUUUCCAAGUUCGUGUGUUGUUUGUUGCCUGA